UUACUGUACAUUUCAAAGAAACGGUCACCUUGUUUGUAAGUUUAUAUUGUAUCAUACGUAUGGUUUCUUUUUAUUUAUGCAUUUCGUUGCCCCAGAUUUUUACAGGAAAUACAGGAAUACAAGCCCCCAUAGGCGUCUAAACAUUGUCAUUGUCAUUGAACGCCUCUUGGAAAAUCACCCUGGAUGAUUUGGUGAUGAAUUUUGAACAUCUGAUCAUUGUCCCAGCCAAGUUAGACGCAUCUAAGAGAUAGACACCCUUUCUAAAUUUGGCCCAACGUGUAAUGAUGCACAAGUCUGCACGUGUUGGUAGGCUUUAGGCCUUUAGAACAGUUAGUUUAAAAAGUAUUUUUUCCCCUUUCCACACAUUUUUGUAUUGUCGAACAUCCUGAAGUAUAUUAUUCAACAACUCAAAACUAAGUUCAGACAUUUUGUUAUUCUCUUGUCACAAUGAUCUAUGACACAAACAUUACUAGCACAAUGCAAGGCCCAAGAUGGGUAACCUUUUCACGAUCAUUUCUUGAUAUGGACAGUGCUCUGAAUGCGCUAUAGAACUCAAAUCCAUCAUACAAAAUUAAACUAGAAUGACCCUGGUGAAUAACUCCCAUAUAGGCCUAGUCAUGCGCAACUGCCCAUGCUAUUCCAUCAGUAAGUUAUGGUGUGUUAUUUGUUUCAUUGUUACUUAUCUCAAGAUAUAGAAAUAAAAGAUAGGAAAUGGGUUAAGAGCAAACCUUUUUUCUUUUUAAAGAACUGAUCUGUUUGUGACAUUUUAAGCGAAACUGUUAAUUAUUGUAUUUAAAUAUAAUUGAAUAAUUGUGAUUCCGCAUCUAACGUUAAUUAUCUUGUUAAAGUAAUUAGACAGACAUUUAUAAGAAUGCUUGACCGUUACAAAAAAGCACACAUAUGUUAAUAUUUUAAUCGAAACUUUGAUUAUUAGUAGUAUACUGCCCCUAGUGGCGGUGUCGUUGGCAAGCGUGUGACGCACGCAAGGGCUUCAUUACAUAGGUUUACGUAGGGCGUGAUUGCGCGACCCCUCCCCCUCCACAGUCUAUCUGGAAAAAGAAAAAAAAACUUUUUGUAUCGAAGGAAUCAACAGCCGCCAUCUUGUCGCGGCUCAGAAUCAGGAUUUCGGUGGAGCAUUAUUUUAUAUUUUGAAACGGAGCGUCCGGACCUGCAUUUAACGACACUGUUAAUCCAAAAACGAAACACUUAAAUCAUUCAGAAGGAUUUUUUUUGCAAAAACCGUGGAUUUAAUCGGUGUUCGUCGGCCAGAAAGCCCUCGUAUAUCUGAUUUCCCCUUCAGAGAGCGGCGCUUCUGUCCCUAUCUCCGUUCCGAGCCGUAUUGUUUACCGGGAGCUAUCGGAGGAGAGACAGCGGCUUAGACACGAUUUUGCAUACAUAUAUUAUUUUUAUGCAGUUAUGCGUUUUUAUGGGGAUUUAAACGGAUUUUGCACGGAUUUUUUUGACGUCAGGAAAAUGGGUUGUUUGGUGAUGCACAUUUAACGACUCCUGGGGAAACGGGCAACGACCCAUGCCGAUAUAUUUUAAUUUAUUUUUAGUCGUAUUUUUUGUUCGAAGUGAAGUCUUUUUGAUAAUAUAACGAUGAUAAUGUGGGUGUUGGGUGUUGGAUUAUCAUGGGGUGAAUGGCGGUGGCGAAGCGGGGCGCUGUUGUUGCUUUUUUGAAAUUCUCACUUGCUGAUAGCGAGCAAGCUAAUUAGCGAGUUAGCUGCCUAGCUACUUGCUAAUCGUGCGAGAAAGAUAGAUUGUGGUUGGGGGGGUGGGGGGUUGGUCUGAAUAACUUUUUUCUGUCACGGGGAUUUUCCUUAUUUUUUUUCAAUAAUUAAUCAGAAUUAAUUCUUAACUACUGCAAUGGCUGAAAAUCUGCUCGACGUUGGACCUCCCAACCCAAAACGACCGAAGCUGAAUACACCUGCUCUCUCCGCCUCCGACGGUCCAGACCUGGGCUCCCUGUCCUGGGACGACCUGGAGAAUGAUCUUCCGGAUGAACUCAUCCCAAACGGCAGUGACCUGGGCCUCCUGCCCUCCUCCAACGGCGGAGGCACCGGAGCAGCAGGUCCUGGUGGUGGAGGAACGGGCGGCGGGGGUCUGGGCGCUAUGAUGCCCGACGCCGCCGCCAAGCACAAGCAGCUGUCUGAGCUCCUGCGAGCAGGCAGCAGCGGUGGCAGCUCCAGCCUGCCCGGGGGCCUGGGUGGCGGUAAUGCUGCGCCCGGGGGCGCCACCCUGGGGGGCGUGCAGCUGGGAGCCCUGGGCAAGAGCCCCCUGGGCCACGGCUCGCCCUCGCACUCCUCCCCUCAGCCGCCCAAACCUGGCAGCGGUGCCAACGGCGGGGUCCAGGCUGCCAACAGCAACGCCAACAACGGCGGCGCCAACGUGGCCAUGGGAUUCAACCAGGCCAUGCAGGCGCACGGCAUGCAGGGCCAGGUGCUGAACGGGACACUAGGCCCAGCCGGACGUGGCCGGGGGGCCAUGCAGUACCAGGCCCAGGCAGCGGUGGGCGCCGCUGGAGCAGGGGGCACGGUGGGCAGCGUGCUGGCAGAGACGCUCACGCAGGCUGCACUCAACGCCCAGCAGGCCAGCAACAUGAACAAGAUGGGUCUGGCGGGCAGCAGCAGUCCGUUCGGGCAGGCGUAUGGGCAGGGCGCGGGGCAGCAGCUGGGCGCUGGCGGGGUGAACGCCCCCCUCCAGAACAGCCUGCCUCCGUUCCCCUCUGACCUGAAGGGCGCGGCAGUCACCAAUGUGGCAAACCUGUCCCAGCUGCAGCAGCAGCAAGCAUCUCCGCAGCAGCAGCAGAUGGGUGCCGCAGUGGGCAUGGUGGCACAGCAGCAGGUGGGCCUGGUGGCAGCCGGCCCAGGCGGUGCUGCCGCUGCCGUGGGUGCCGGUGGCGCUGCCGCUGGCGCCAGCGGUGUAGCCACGGGCCCCACGGCCGACCCGGAGAAGCGCAAGCUGAUCCAGCAGCAGCUGGUCCUGCUGCUGCACGCCCACAAGUGCCAGCGGCGCGAACAGGCCAACGGUGAGGUGCGCGCCUGCUCGCUGCCACACUGCCGCACCAUGAAGAACGUCCUUAACCACAUGACCCACUGUCAGGCCGGCAAGACCUGCCAGGUGGCUCAUUGUGCGUCCUCCAGGCAAAUCAUCUCUCACUGGAAGAACUGCACGCGGCAUGACUGUCCUGUCUGCCUGCCGCUCAAGAACGCCAGUGAUAAGCGCAACCCCCAGUCCCUGUUGAGUUCUCCCAGCGUGGGUCUGCCCAGCUCCAUGGCGGCGGUGGUGGGGUCUGGCCAGCCCAGUGCGCCAUCCUCCAUCAACAGCUCCACCACCAUUGACCCCAGCUCCAUGCAGCGCGCCUACGCCGCCCUGGGCCUGCCCUACAGCAACCAGACGCCCACCACACAGACGCAGUCGCCCGGCCAGUCGCCCCACCAGCAGCAGCUACGGCCCCUCAACGUACUCGCGGGCUCGAAUCAGAUGAAUCUGGGGGGCGGGGCGAUGGGCGUGGCCACCUCGGACCCGACCAAUCUGCACUCAGACUCAUCACUGCCGUCCACGCUCAACAAUCAGCUGAUGUCUGCCGACUCCGGGGUGGGCGCCACGGCGGCUCCGCUCUCGGGCCCUGGGAUGCGCAAAGCAUGGCACGAGCACGUCACUCAGGACCUGCGCAACCACCUGGUGCACAAGCUAGUUCAAGCCAUAUUCCCGACACCAGACCCCGCCGCACUGAAGGACCGGCGCAUGGAGAACCUGGUGGCCUACGCCCGCAAGGUGGAGGGGGACAUGUACGAGUCGGCCAACAGCAGGGAUGAGUAUUAUCAUUUCCUGGCAGAGAAGAUCUACAAGAUCCAGAAGGAGCUGGAGGAGAAGCGGCGCUCGAGGCUGCAGAAGCAGAUCAUCAAUCAGGCGCCGCUCAACUCAGCCCAGCAGCCACCCAGGCCUCCAAAUGGACCUAUGCCUAUGCCCAAUGUGCCAAAUCAGAUCUUGAAUCGCAUGCAGGUCUCUCAAGGGAUGAACCAGUUUAACUCCAUGGCCAUGCAGAAUGUGCAGAUGACACAGGCGCCCAUGGCCGCCCGCGCAGCCUCCCCCAUGAACCACCCGCAGCAGAUCAACAUCAGCUCCGUCCCUCCGCUGGGGAUGUCCCCUACGCGGAUGCCCCAGGGCCAGGGCAUGAUCGGGGGGCACGCCGGAGCCAUGGUGGGCCAAACGGCCAACCCGGCGCAGUUCCUCAAUGCCAACACGGCCAUGGCGGCCACCGUGGGGCUGGGCCAGACGGCAGCGCAGGCAGCAGUCACACAGCAGCCGCCGCAACAGCAGCCGCCCCCCAACGGCGCCGCCACUGCCGCUGCUAGCCUCCCCCUGAACGCCCUCGGCCCUCUGGGCUCGUCGCAGCUGCCCCAGGCCGCGUUGCGUGCCGCGCCGACGCCACCUUCCUCCUCCUCUUCCUCCUCCACUGCCGCUGCUGCUAGCCUGCAGCCCCCCGCGCCCCCCCAGCCGGCCACUGCUGCGGCCUCCUCCUCCUCCAGCCGCUCCUCCACCCCCACCCACCCUUCCUCCUCUGUGUCCGUGUCUGGCCCCACGCUGGACGCCGGGCUCCCCGCUCCGCAGGCGCCGCUCCAGCCCCAGCAGCAGACGCAGCCCCCCACCACUCCGCUCUCCCAGACAGGUGCCAGUCUGGACAACAGGGUGCCCACCCCGGCCUCCACGGCCAGCGCUGACCUGCCCACUGCCAGCGAGCCCAAGGCCGAGCCACGGCAUGACGAGAAGGACUUCCACCCGGCCGGCAUCAAGAUGGAGCCCAAGAACGAGCCCAAGAUGGAGACUGAGGAAGACUCCGGGUCUCUGUCGGUGAAGAAGGAGGAGCAGAAUGGUGGGGAGACCAAGCAGGAGCCCAUGGAGCUGGAGGAGAAGAAGGUGGACAUAAAGGCCGAAGCCAAAGAGGAGGAGGAGGCCGGGGCCAACGGCGCGGUCGCGUCUUACUCACCCACCCAGUCUCGCAGGAAGAUCUUUAAGCCAGAGGAGCUGAGGCAGGCCCUGAUGCCCACCCUGGAGUCCUUAUACAGACAGGACCCUGAGUCUCUGCCCUUCCGCCAGCCAGUGGACCCGAUGCUGCUGGGCAUCCCUGACUACUUUGACAUCGUAAAGAACCCCAUCGACUUGUCCACCAUCAAGCGCAAGCUGGACACGGGCCAGUACCAGGAGCCCUGGCAGUACGUGGACGACGUGUGGGUGAUGUUCAAUAACGCCUGGCUCUACAACCGCAAGACGUCCCGCGUCUACAAGUACUGCUCCAAGCUGGCGGAGGUGUUUGAGCAGGAGAUCGACCCGGUCAUGCAGGGCCUGGGUUACUGCUGCGGGAGGAAGUACGAGUUCUCCCCGCAGACGCUGUGCUGCUACGGCAAACAGCUAUGCACCAUACCUCGAGAUGGGACUUACUACAGCUACCAAAACAGGUAUCAUUUCUGUGAGAAGUGCUUCAAUGAGAUCCAAGGGGACAGCGUAACUCUUGGAGACGACCCAGCACAGCCACAAACGAUGAUUUCUAAAGACCAGUUUGAAAGGAAGAAAAAUGAUUCACUAGACGUUGAGCCGUUUGUUGAAUGUAAGGACUGCGGACGGAAGAUGCACCAGAUCUGUGUUCUUCAUUAUGAUGUCAUCUGGGCAUCCGGAUUCAUCUGUGAUAACUGCUUGAAGAAGAGUGGGAAGACGAAGAAGGAAAACAAGUUUUGUUCCAAAAGAUUGCAGUCGACGCGGUUGGGCACAUACAUAGAGGACCGAGUCAACAAGUACUUGAAGAGACAGAACCACCCCGAAGCCGGGGAGGUGUUUGUGCGAGUCGUGGCCAGCUCUGACAAAACGGUGGAGGUUAAACCUGGCAUGAAGUCCAGGUUUGUGGACACAGGCGAGAUGCAGGAGAGCUUCCCGUACCGAACCAAAGCACUUUUUGCCUUCGAGGAGAUUGACGGUGUAGAUGUGUGCUUCUUCGGCAUGCACGUGCAGGAGUACGGCUCCGAGUGCGCCUUCCCCAACACCAGACGGGUAUACAUAUCAUACCUCGACAGUAUUCACUUCUUCAAACCUCGGUUGCUGCGAACAGCAGUCUACCACGAAAUCCUAAUUGGUUAUUUGGAAUACGUCAAGAAACUUGGGUACGUGACGGCGCAUAUCUGGGCCUGCCCCCCUAGCGAGGGCGACGACUACAUCUUCCACUGUCACCCCGCCGACCAGAAGAUCCCCAAGCCGAAGCGACUGCAAGAGUGGUACCGCAAGAUGCUUGACAAGGCCUUCGCCGAGCGCAUCCUCCACGACUACAAGGACAUCUUCAAGCAGGCCACGGAGGACCGGCUGAGCAGCGCCAACGAGCUGUCCUACUUCGAGGGCGACUUCUGGCCCAACGUGCUGGAGGAGAGCAUCAAGGAGCUGGAGCAGGAAGAGGAGGAGCGCAAGAAGGAGGAGAACACGGCCUCCUGCGAGGCCCCAGAGGGCGCGCCCGUGGACAGCAAAAACGCCAAGAAGAAGAACAACAAAAAAACCAACAAAAACAAGAGCAGCAUCAGCCGAGCCAACAAGAAGAAGCCUGGGAUGCCGAAUGUAGCCAAUGACCUGUCCCAGAAGCUUUACGCCAGCUUGGAGAAGCACAAAGAGGUGUUCUUUGUGAUCGCCCUGCACUCUGGCCCCAUGGUGAACACGCUGCCGCCCAUCAUGGACCCGGACCCCAUGCUGACCUGCGACCUGAUGGACGGGCGCGACGCCUUCCUGACGCUGGCGCGCGACAAGCACUGGGAGUUCUCCUCGCUGCGGCGCUGCAAGUGGAGCACCAUGUGCAUGCUGGUGGAGCUGCACAACCAGGGCCAGGACCGCUUCGUCUACACCUGCAACGAGUGCAAGCACCACGUGGAGACGCGCUGGCACUGCAAAGUCUGCGAGGACUAUGACCUGUGCAUCAACUGCUACAACACUAAAGGCCAUGAGCACCAGAUGGUUAAAUGGGGCCUGGGUCUGGACGACGACAGCAACAGCGGGAGCGGCGAGGCCUCCAAGAGCCCGCAGGAGAGCAGGCGUCUGAGCAUCCAGCGCUGCAUCCAGUCGCUGGUGCACGCCUGCCAGUGCCGCAACGCCAACUGCUCGCUGCCCUCGUGCCAGAAGAUGAAGCGCGUGGUGCAGCACACCAAGGGCUGCAAGCGCAAGACCAACGGCGGCUGCCCGGUGUGCAAACAGCUCAUCGCGCUCUGCUGCUACCACGCCAAGCACUGUCAGGAGAACAAGUGCCCCGUGCCCUUCUGCCUGAACAUCAAGCACAAGCUGCGGCAGCAGCAGCUGCAGCACCGCCUCCAGCAGGCGCAGAUGAUGCGCCGGCGUAUGGCCACCAUGCAGGGCCGCAUGACGCAGCCACUGCCUUCACCGCCCACCUCGGUGGUCGCUGCAGCCGCCGCCACCGCCCCUGGCAUGCACACGCCGCCACAUCCGCAACCCCAGACACCGCAGACCCCGCAGCAGCUGCCCAACCAGCCCGGUGCAACACCCAACGCCGCCGGUGUUAUGUCUCCCGCCUACCCUGGCGCCCAGCCCCGCAAUGGCCUCCCGCAGGCACCCUCUUCCCAGGGCAAGCCAGGGCCGCAGGCCUCACCGCUGCACCAGCAGCAGUCGCCUGUGCCGCAGGCUGCCCAGCAGCAGCCCCAGCAAGUCCAGCAGCAGCAGAAGCAGCCACAGCAGCACCCGCUUGCGGCCGCCGUGGAAAUCGCACGCCACAUCGAGAUGGUGGCCCAGGCGCAGCAGCAGCAGAUCCCGGGCUUCCGCAUGAACAUCAACGGCCUGCCACUCCACCAGCGGCCGCCACAGCCACAGCAGCAGCAGCAGCCGCAGCCACGGAUGCCGGGGCCCAUGCAGCCGCCCAUGCAGAUCGUCGGGGGCCCGCGACCCCAGGUCAUGCAGCCCAUGCAGGCUGGCCAGUGGGGACCAGGAGGGCCCCAGGCAGCCAUGCAGGCAGUCCCGCAACAGCAAGGUGGCCUGCCGCAGCAGCAGCCCCAGCCAGGUAUGCCCAUGCAGAGGGCCAUGAUGCCGCAGCAGCAGACACGCAUGAUGGUGGCCCAGAGGCUCCAGGGCCCUCCACAACGGCCGGGUGCCAUCGCACCCAACGCCCUGCAGGACCUGCUGCGCACGCUCAAGUCGCCCAGCUCGCCGCAGCAGCAGCAGCAGGUGCUUAACAUCCUCAAGUCCAACCCGCAGCUCAUGGCGGCCUUCAUCAAGCAGCGCACACUCAAGUACAACGCCAGUCAGCAGCAGCAGCAGCAACAGCAGCAGCAGGGCAUGCACGGGGCGCAGCCAGCCAUGCAGGCUAUGCAAGCAGCCAUGCAGGGCGGAGUGGCGGUGCAGAGGCCCGUCAUGGCGCCCCAGCAGCCCGGGCAGCCCCCAGCCCAGGGUAUGGCCGCACUGGGUCCCCAAGGUCAGCUGAUGAACCCCGGACACAAUACCAACCCCCAGGAGAUGUACCGGCGGCAGCUCUUACGGGCGCAGCAGCAACAACAACAACAACAGCAGCAGCAGCAGCUACAGCAGGGUGUGAUACCCCAGGCCCAUGGACAGUUCCCCCAGGCCCAGGGCACACCAGCCACCUACUCCCAGCUCCGCAUGCAGCAGCAGCAACAGCAACAACAGCAGCAGCAGCUGGCUAUGCAAGCAGGAGCUGCGGGGCCCAUGGGUCAGCUGCCACCCAUGACCCAGAUGGGCCAGCCCGGCCUGGGCAUGGACGCCACGCAGAACCUCCUGCACCAGCGGCUUCUCCAGCAGCAGCAGCAGCAGGCGGCAGCAGCCGUUCUGAAGCCCCAGAUGGGCUCUCCGGCCCAGCCUGGCUCCAUGAGCCCGCAGGCAGCCGCCCACCUCCUGGCCGGCCAGCCGCUGGCGAACGCGCUGGGCAACCAGGUGCGUUCGCCAGCGCCUGUGCAGUCCCCGCGCCCGCCCUCCCAGCAGCAGCAGCCGCCGCCACAUUCCAGCCCGUCGCCAGCACAAAUCCAGCCGCAGCCCUCACCCCAGCACACCGCCCCCCACUCCGGCUCGCCCCACCCAGGCCUGGCGGCGCCCAUGCCUGGCUCACUGGAGCAAGGACACCUGGGAGCCGCGGAACAGAGCGCCAUGCUGCCGCAGCUCAACACGCCCAACCGUAACGCUCUCACUAGUGACUUGGGCAUGGUAGGAGACACCACGGGAGACACGCUGGAGAAGUUUGUGGAGGGCUUGUAGCGCAAUUUUUGGGAGAUGGUUUUUCCUUUCAAGAACCCACAAAACCAGCCCACUCAAGUCUCCCCUCCUCCUUUUUCUAGAAGGGGUGGUGGGCGCAAUUGUUUUUUUGUUUUCCUUGGACGAGCUUUUUGUACUGACAUGUAAAAAGUUUCAAGAAAUGUAUGGAGAAAAACAAAACAAGUUGGAAAAAUUAAUAAAUAAAAAAAACAGUGCUUGGGAAAUGUUGAUGUUUCCUAUUGAAAAAAAAUACAAGAGAAUGAUAUUUCCUAUAUGUCAAGGGAUUUGAAAAAAAAAAUGCUGUUUAAAUGAAAAUUUAAAAAUGACAAAGAAUAUAUAUUUUGAUUUUGACCAUAUUCUUGGUCGUUAUGUUUUUGUUUAAAUUUUUUUUUUUUCAUUUCGUUUGUUUUUAUGGUAUGGUUUCAUGCCUUUUUUCUUUUUUAAGAAAAUUUACAAAAACUUCAUUAUAUUAUUCAUACUUUUUAUUUUGUACCUUUUGGAAUACUUCAAUGAUUUUUUUCGUUUGUUUGUUGUCAUUGUCGUUGAGAGACUGUAAAAUAAUUGGUCGGAGGAAUUUUGGGCCAGGUUUUCCUCUGUUCUCUCGCUCGCAUACCUGGCGAUUGUAUUCUCGUGUUGUACUAUUUUUACAGACAUGCGUUUUCAUUUUUCUGGGAGGGGCCUCUUCCACUCCCCGUCGUGAAGUCCAUUUGAGGAGAACUCGUUGUUUGUAACCAAUAAGAACUGGGCAUACACACAAGCAUGUAUGCGUACACACACACACACACACCGAGAGAGACGUACCUGCACACACAUUCACAUGGAUACACAGAAAAACCGUCAAACCGUCAGAAAGAACCUUGAAGAGGAUGUAAAGAUGGAACAUCUCGCUUCUGGCACCCAACUACAGAGUUUUCUGGCCUGCAGGUGUAGAAAGUUGUGCAUUGUCAUAUAAGAUUUGUGUCCUUAAAAUCUUUUGUCAUACAGAAUAUAUGAGUAUAAAAAAAAAAAAAGAUGGGGGAAGGUGGGUCCUUUAGCCGAGUGGGAUGGGAAGGAGGUGGUCACUGUUCGAGUGUUUUGUGUCGAACAGAGUCGUUCUGUCGUCGACCCUCAUUCCUCUCACGAAAAAAGAAACUUGAACUGGGGACUCUACUUUUUCCUCUUAAUGUAAAUCAUGCAAGUUAUCAAGCAAAAUACUAUAAAUAUAAGGAAGAGAGAACGAAAUCACUGUAUAAACUGGUUAAAAACUCAUUUCUUACUUAUAUACCAUAUUGUUAAAUAAACUGUGUGCAACAGAAAAAAAA